AUGGUUACGGUUUCUUUCUACUCAAUUCGCAGGCGAGCGGGCUGCCGCGCAUUUGCAACGGGGAUGUCCCUGUCGCUGGAUGGGCAAGGUUAUCCGUCUGAAACUGUAAAGGCGGCGCCCCCUGCAAGGGUCCCUGUUUACUACCCCUCCAUCCAGCCCCAUGCCCACUACCUGGACGUGCUGCACUCCUCGGAAGAAGUGCUGCAGCCUCUCAAAUCCCUGGGCAGGCUGGUCGGUGACUCCAGCCCAGUCAUUCCCUUCACCCUCGGCGGCUUCUCAUUCCUCAGCGAAUCUCCGCCGGCCACCGAGCGGACCUGCAGCAUCCUGCCUGCCGGCCCGCUUUCCUUCUUCGGUAAGAUGCCGAGCAGCGUUGACCCGGCUCACCUCCGAAGCCGAGAGAAGCUGGGCGUUACCGGGUCCGGAACGACUGCCCCGACAAGUCCCGGAGACCGGCAGUGUAGGCGCCACCGCAUGCAGCCGGGCUCUGGAGGUGAGCCACUGGGGGAGGCAAACGCAGUCGCCCUGCACCACCAGUCCGGACACUUCACCGAGGAAGACCUCAACACUGUUCUCUACGGUCGCAUGAACUCGGGCAAUGACGAUCGGCCAGUUGGUCACGCCAUCUCAGGGCUGCGAAUCUCCGGAAACACAGGUACCCACAACCUGAUUCAGCUUCUGGACAGAGACUCUCUCCAAGUCCCAGUGGGGCUCAUUGUCUCUCACACUUACUACGGUGGAGUUCCUCAUCACGGCGUCUUCUGCUGUCAAAAUCUAAUCCCUAAGGGGGUCCGGUUCGGACCUUUUACAGGAAAAGUGGUGAACAUGAGUGAAAUUAAAACCUAUGACGACAACUCCUACAUGUGGGAGAUAUUUGAAGAGGGCCGCUUGAGUUACUUUAUCGACGGCAAAGGGGCGGCGAGUAAUUGGAUGGCCUUGGUAAACUGCGCCAGGUCGCCCGAAGAGCAGAACUUGACUGCCGUGCAGAGCGAGGGGAAGAUCUAUUACGAGACCUGCAAGGAUGUGCGAGAGAACCAGGAGCUGCUGGUGUGGUAUGGAGAUUGCUACCUGCAGUUUAUGGGAAUACCGGUCACUUUAAAGGAAAUGACUGAAAGCCCAUUCACCGAGCAAGCCGAAGAGUCCGCAGAGGGCUUUAAAUGUGAGCGGUGUGGCAAGGUAUUCGCUUACAAGUACUACAGAGACAAGCAUCUAAAGUACACGCGGUGCGUAGAUCAGGGCGACCGCAAGUACCCCUGCCACCUGUGCAGCAGGUCGUUCGAAAAGAGGGACCGACUGAGGAUCCACAUCUUGCACGUGCACGAGAAGCACCGACCGCACAAAUGCACGGUGUGUGGAAAGAGCUUCUCGCAGUCCUCUAGCCUUAACAAACACAUGAGGGUUCACUCAGGAGAGCGGCCAUACAAGUGUGUCUACUGCAACAAGGCUUUCACUGCCUCAAGCAUCUUACGAACCCAUAUCCGUCAGCACUCUGGAGAAAAACCCUUUAAGUGCCGUCACUGUGGCAAAGCCUUUGCUUCUCAUGCAGCCCAUGACAGCCACGUGAGGCGCACUCAUUCAAAAGACAAAAUGUUUUCCUGUGAUGUCUGCACCAAGACCUUUAUGGAAGCACAUGAGCUCAGCUAUCACCAGAUGCAGCUGCAUGCAGGUGAGGGGCUCCAGGUAGGCACUGCUGCCACCCAAGAAUUGCACAGCACGCCGACCAAUCAGACAGACUCUGUGAAUGGAGAUUACCUUUACAAUUCAAGUGAGGAGCCGUUGACAACCCCCCUGAAUCCGGACAAAGAGGAGAGCAACCCCUACCGAGCGACCACAGGAGUCUCCGUACUGCAUAAUGAUGGCUACAGACCCUGGAAUUAG